UCGCAUUCCAGGUCGAUCUCGCGUCGGUGCGGACUAUGGCGGCGGCGGCGGCGGCGGCGGCGGCGGCGGCGCUACGCAAAAUUGCCCCCAAGUUCCGGAUCCCCGGGGCUGCCGCUCUCCGGGCUCGGGCUUCGCAGGCGUCGGCCCCUUCGGCCAUGUCUCCCACCCCACUUCCAAAGGGUGAGCUUGAAAAAGCUCUUCUUUUAAAAAACAACAUUGAAACUGCUAAAGACGUGGAUCUUUCCUCCAGUGCAGACUUGUUAGCUAAACAUAUUCAGCAAGCUGAAGAAAGCAUCAGCCACUUCUCCGAAAGGCAUGGGCAAGUUGCGCAAAGGAUAUAUAAAAAUUCACUGAAGUUUUUCUGCACUGCUGUCGUGUUUGGUAGCGUUGAUCAUUUGAUAUCAGAGUACUGGUUUGAUGGAUAUGAUGCUGAGCUUCUGGGGGGUCAAGUUGAAGUUGCAGAUGAAUGACCGCAGUCGGCUUAUCUCAUGAUAAAAUAUGGGCUUGUCAGCUCUGUGCUAAGUUACCCUCUAUGAUGUGUGUGUUAUAUGUAUUAUGUGCUCCAGUCUUGUCAGCUCUUUGCUAAGUUACCUUCUAUUAUACUCCCUCCGUUCGGAAUUACUUGUCUCGGAAAUGGAUGUAUCUAGAACCAAAACACGUCUAGAUACAUCCAUUUCUACGACAAAUAAUUCCGAACGGUGGGAGUAUGUGUUAUAUAUGUAUUACGUGAUCCAGUCUGUCAAAGUCUGUCAAAGCAGUAUCUCUAUGAUAUGUAUUGUGUUGUCCAACCGUGUCUAUGAUAUGACAUUUGCAUGCACUUCUUCAGUUGUAAUUUGUAAGUUUACUCAUGAUCUAAGAACAUAUGGACUGAACUGUGCCUAUGAUAUGAUCAUAAAGGGAAAAUCUUGGAUGCA